AUGGGAAUUUUUGCGGUAAACAAGGAAGGAGAGGUCUCAGUGAGCUUCAAGAACGACAUAAAUUUGAAUGAUUUUUAUAAGCCUGAUCAGAUAGCUGAUGCCACUACUGAACAAUCUACAAACUUGAAGAGAAGGAAGGUGGGAAACCUGAAGCUCCAAACCGCAUUCUCAUUCAAAAAUAUGCUUUCGCAGAAUUGUUGUUCACAAGAGGACUUGUUCAACAAACAAAAACCAAAACAAAUGUUUUCUCCAACGUCCUCUGCCCAGCUUGAAUUAGCAGCAAUUAAGCUUCAGAAAGUUUACAAGAGUUACAGGAUCAGAAGAAAUCUGGCUGAUUGUGCAGUUGUUUGCGAAGAGCUGUGGUGGAAGGACUCAGUGAUUACUGCUAACAGGUGCUCUAUAUCCCAUUUUGACUCUGAUAAAUCAGAAACAACUAUUUCAAAAUGGGCAAGAGCUAGGAUGAUGGCUGCUAAGGUGGGAAAAGGUUUGUCCAAAGAUGAUAAGGCACAGAAAUUAGCACUAAGACACUGGCUUGAAGCUAUUGAUCCCCGUCAUCGUUAUGGUCACAAUCUUCAUUUCUACUAUGAAGUCUGGUUUCGUAGCCAGAGCUAUCAGCCUUUUUUCUACUGGUUGGACGUUGGAGAUGGCAAAGAAGUGAAUCUUGAAGCAUGUCCUAGAAGGCAAUUGCAAAGGCAGUGCAUAAAGUACCUUGGACCCAAAGAAAGGGAAGCAUAUGAAGUGAUUGUAGAUGGAGGCAGGCUUGUUUAUAGAGAGAGCAAGGACCUUGUACACACUACCGAGGAAUCCAAGUGGAUUUUUGUCCUUAGCUCAUCUAGAAUUUUGUACGUUGGACAGAAGAAGAAAGGCCAAUUUCAGCACUCAAGUUUUUUAGCUGGUGGUGCUACCAUUGCAUCUGGAAGAUUGGUUGCACAACAUGGAGUUCUUCAUGCUAUAUGGCCCUAUAGUGGUCACUACCGUCCAACAGAAAAGAAUUUCAUGGAAUUCAUUAGCUUCUUGGAGGAACACAAAGUGGAUAUGACAAAUGUAAAGAGAGAUCCAAUGGAUGAAGAUGUCCCCCCUUCUCAACCUGUCAAUGAGGUGCUGCCAUUUGACUACAUAGAUGGCAAUGUGUGUGGCAAUGACACUGCCACUGCCACUGCCAAUAACUAUGGUAAAGAAAAUUUGAGCCACUUUGGUACCAAUGUGGAAGGUUCAAUUGAGGAGAACAAGCCCAUGUCAAGCAAAUGGACUACUGGAGUAGGUCCUCGGAUUGGUUGUGUGAGAGAGUAUCCAACAAAAUUCCAAGUUCAAGCACUUGAACAACUCAAUCUUUCACCUAGAGUGAACCAGGGAACAUUUGCAGGCAAAGCACCUAUUCCUUCUCCGAGACCCAGUACAAAACAUCUGUCACCUAGGCUUGUGAACAUGGGACUUCCUAGCCCAAUGGUACAUCUUUAG